AUGUGGACUAAUCUUCCUAUCGUUUUGGCAGUAUGUCUUGUCAUACUUGGUAGCAAUGUUGGCGGUUUGGAAACGGAAAACCUUCAAGGUGGUCACGAUUCGGACAAAGGCGAAAUCAAAUAUCAAGUUUCCCUUCAAAAUGUAAGGCAACACUUCUGUGGUGGUACACUUAUUACAGCAGAUGUAGUUUUGACUGCAGCACAUUGUUUUUACGAUAAGAAAAAAAAGGUUUACUCUGAUGAUCCAUUUUUUGUUGUCGCGGGAACAAAUGACGUCCACGAUCAUACCUACAGGAGACGUGUAAAAACAAUGUAUAUUCAUAAAGGAUACACAAGUGCCUAUGACGAUUACACUUAUCAAUUGUACGAUAUCGCCCUUGUAAGGGUUGAUAAAGUAUUCAAUGUUGGUAAAAAUUUUCCAAUUGAUUUGGCAAAGCUGCCACAUAAACAUGAAGACUUCGUGGGCAAAACUGCAAACGUAUCUGGUUUUGGUUGGGAUUACGCCGUGCGAACUGGUGAACAGAAUCAUACCGGUACCUCAAAAGGAAAACUGAGACAAGCAUUUGUGAAAAUUUUUGAUGGAAGAUAUUGUACCACCGUUAAGACAUCACUUAUGCUCUGUGGUCGAGUGGAACAACACCCUGGAUUACAUUCAGGCGUCUGUCCGGGCGACAGUGGUGGUCCUGUUUCCUUCGAUAACAAAGUUAUUGGAAUCGUGAGUCUUGGAACAUGGGGAUGCGAUGAAUCAAAAGAGUAUUCAGGGAGUACCAGAGUAUCCGAGUUUUUAGAUUUCAUUAAUAGUGUUUUGAACAAUAAAUAUUCGAGUCACACGAUAAUUCGAAAAAACCUUUAUUUAACAUUUUAUAAUCCAGAAGAAAACAGGACAAUUGUUACUAAAUCACCUGAAGCAAUUUCAGUAGUUAAAGAAAUUCAACGGUUAUAUCCAGAAUUGCAAACGCGAAGAGAAAAAAAGGAUACGUGGGAGACGUUGUAUAAUAGAACCUUAGACGAUUAUAAUAGCGAAACAAAUGGUGAUGUAAAAUAUGCUAAAUAUGACAAGACUCUUGAAAUAUACAACAAAUAUAUAAGUGAAAAAAAAAUGUAUGACGAUGUGAACGAUAAGAUGGAUAAUGUAAAAGAAAACUAUAAUAGAUUGGUAUUCGAGCAAAAAAUAUUAUAUGACGAGUUUUAA